AUGACAGAGGUGGUGCCAUCCAACGCCCUCAGCGAGGUCAGCCUGCGCCUCCUCUGCCACGAUGACAUAGACACUGUGAAGCAUCUCUGUGGCGACUGGUUCCCCAUCGAGUACCCAGACUCAUGGUAUCGUGACAUCACCUCCAACAAGAAGUUCUUUUCCCUUGCUGCAACCUACAGGGGUACCAUUGUAGGAAUGAUAGUAGCUGAAAUAAAAAGUAGGACCAAGAUACACAAGGAGGAUGGAGAUAUUCUAGCCUCCAACUUCUCUGUUGACACACAAGUUGCAUACAUUCUAAGUCUGGGAGUAGUGAAGGAAUUCAGAAAGCACGGCAUAGGUUCCCUUUUACUUGAGAGUUUAAAGGAUCACAUAUCCACCACUGCCCAGGACCACUGCAAAGCCAUCUACCUGCACGUCCUCACCACCAACAACACAGCAAUAAACUUCUACGAAAACAGAGACUUCAAGCAGCACCACUAUCUCCCCUAUUACUAUUCCAUCCGUGGGGUCCUCAAAGAUGGCUUCACUUAUGUCCUCUACAUCAAUGGUGGCCACCCUCCCUGGACCAUCUUAUAUCCUUUUCUCCUCGGGGGAUUUACCGCCAGGCCCACAGCCUGCUCUGCAGCUUCCUGCCAUGGUCGAGCAUCUCCACCAAGGGCGGCAUUGAAUACAGCCGGACCAUGUGAUGCCAGCCGGGCAGUCUCCAGCAGGUCCCCACCCCUUGGCGCCCUGCGGAGCCCACCUUCUUGGCCAUUUGACCUCAACUGUGUUCUGCAGAGGAGCUGGCCCAUCACCGGCCCCAGCUGCAGGCCCGGUGCUACAUGGGCUCUGGAGCAGAGCGUCGUGGGGCGGGUAUGCCCGGUCUCCAACAGGCUCUUCCAGCCCUCCUUCCUGCUCUGGAAACCUCUGCCCUUGCCUUGGCCUGGCCCCCAUGUGAGUGCACCAGCCUCAUAG